AGUUUGAUCGCGCAUGGAGCAGACACAACUACCGUGCUCCUGUCCAGUUUAGAUUCAGUUUGGUACUUCCACGAUUUGAUCGUUGGAAAAUUUCAGAACUGCCAAUUCGAUGGCUUUACCCCACCAGCACAACCCGGUGUUGGUUUUGCUGUGCACUGUUCUAGUGCUGUUCACGGUUCGCUGCGCCGCCGAUGAACUGGAACUUGUCUAUCAAUGGACCCAGCUGCGCUGGAAUUUUCACCUGCCAACAGGUCCAGUACCGUUAGCUAAAAUGAACCUAGAAUCUUUACACACUGAACCGUUCAAUGAAUAUGGAAAUCUACCGAUGGGAGUUAGCCAUCACAAGGGCAGGCUAUUUGUGACGGUACCCCGCCGGCGCCCAGGCAUUCCGGCUACACUCGCGGUCAUCGAUGCGCACUUGACCGACAGCGUGGAUAAUCCUGCCUUAUUGGGUUACCCGAAUUACGAGGUCAACAGUUUGCAUCCCGAUUUUGAAGCUGAUCCUGAACGCAUCGUUUCUGUUUACCGCACCAAGGUGGACGUUUGCGAUCGAUUGUGGUUCGUCGACACCGGUUAUCUCGAAUAUCCGACCAAUCCUCGCCAGGUUCAACGCCCGUCUGUGUGGGUAAUUGACCUGAAUACGGACAGUGUCAUCCGGCGAUUCGAAAUCCCAGAAGAGAUGGUUGAGUUUGGAUAUGGGAUACCCAGCAUUGCCGUGGAUGUCGAGCCCGGCCAGUGCGAGGAUGCGUACGCGUACAUCCCAGACUAUCAGUGGCGCAAUCUGUAUGUGUAUGGUUUUGCCCAGAACCGAAUGUGGCGAUUCAGUCACAACUAUCUUUCGUUCGAACCCCGCUUCGGACACUUCAACGUGGCCGGUUUGAAGUUUGUUUGGAACGAUGGCGUAUUUUCGGUAACGGUCGGUAAAAAGGAUGCCGUGAGCGGAGAUCGUCCGGUUUAUUUGCACGCUUUGGCUUCCGUGAGUGAAAUCGUGGUUCCCAACAGUGUGCUGAAAGAUGAGACCCUGGCACGGUCAGGUAAAGACUAUAAUGGAUUAUUCCGGCAUUUGGGCCCACGAGGACCCAAUACGCAAUCGUCUGGACAUGCGUUCGACGAGCAUACCGGUGUGCUGUUCUACGCAGAGACAAAUCGCAACGCCGUUGGGUGCUGGAACAGUGCGACCGAUUUCCACCCGGAGAACCAAGGAAUAGUGCACCUGGAUAACGAAGGCAUGAUCUAUCCGGCAGAUUUGACGAUCGAUAACGACGGCACGAUUUGGGUCAUCUCGAACCGGCUCCCCAUCUGGAUCUACUCAAAGCUGGACGUCGACGAGUACAACUACCGUAUCUGGCGUCAAACGUCGGCGAAGGCCAUCAACGGAACCAUCUGCAUGUGAGGAGAAUUCAAUGUUCAGACAUGUGACGAAAACAAGGAUUUCUUUUGUGUUCCAAUAAAGACCGAAAACUUA